AUCAAUUAAACAACGAAUGAAAGUAAAAAAAUGUUGAAAUAUUUUAAAAGACAGAAAAGUCGUGCUGGUUCUUCAAAUAUUAAUGAAAAUAACCACUACUUUGGCUCGAAUCAGAAUAACAACAACAACAACGGUGGUAUAAAUUGUAUUAUUGAUGAAACUGAUAGUGCUGGUGCUUUAGAUGACUUAUCAUCAACGACCUCAUCUUCUGCUGCCAGUACUGUAAAGCGUCAUUCAUUACGUUCAACUUCCAGUUUUUGUGAUGAAGUUUUUCUCGAAGAGUUGGCUAAUUUGGGCUUGUUGUUAUCAACGACACCAACAACAGAAGAAGAUGCUGUUAGUUAUGGAGCUUUAAGUUUAGGUGCACUUAGCAAUGGUGGGAGCGGUGUUGCUAGUAAUCAUGUUGUAGGUGCUGCUGCCGCUGCCAAUUCUGUAAUGGCUUUAAAUUCAAUUGUUGAAUUUGAUGAAGAUAUUUUCAAAUAUCAUUCUCGCCUAUCGAUGUCUGUCACCUCUAUAGUCAAUGAACCGAAUUGCCUCAGUUAUUUUGUUCAAUAUUUAGAAAAACUUAACGCUUUACCCUUAAUCAAAUUCUAUUUAGAUACAGAAAAUUUUAAAAAUUCAGCUUUAGCACAAUUGCGUAAAGAACAAAAGCACAAAUUAAUUGCACAACAAAUACCCGAGGAGACUACACUCAACGAUGGUCCAACUGAAAUGACACCAGUGUCAACUAGAAAUAAUGAUACAGAUGAUCAUAUAAUGCAACAACAGCAGCAGCGUAAUGAUUUUGGAGAAACUCUUGUGACAGCGGGAGCUGCAGCCUGCGCUGCUGGAGAAGACGGCUGCAAUAAUGAUAACAGUCUUGUACCUGAAUUAAAAACAUUAUGCGAUUUAACUAUGCGUAAACCCUUAACCGAUGAUGAAAAAUCACAAAUUUAUGCUGAAACUAAUAAACAACUAACAAAAUGUAAUGAUAAGAGUAACAUAAAAGCUUCCUCAGAACUGUCACUUUGCAGUUUAACCAGUAACUUUACCGAACAUUCCGAAUCUGUGGUAAUCUCAAUGGCCAGUGUACAGGAUGCAUUAACAAUAUAUCAGAAAUAUUUAAUAGCAAAUGCACAGCAACAUAUAGACAUACCCGUGGAUAUAUUAUCGAAAAUUUCGCUGAUUUUAUGUAAAAAUGAACAGGAAGAAGAAAACCGUGCCAUUACAUCGGAUUGUUUUACAGAGGCUCAACAAUUUAUACUAAGCCAACUGGAGAAGGAAUACCUAAAUGAUUUUCUACAAAGUACCUAUUAUGCAAAAUAUUGUGUUGAACUAAUACAGGGCCAUAGAUUAAAUAUCAAUGAUAUUUUACACAGUGAGGUGACACUGUUCUAUUUGAUGGAGUAUUUGGAACAACAUCAGGAAAGAGACUGUUUAGAUUUUUGGUCUUCGGCCAUAAACUAUCGUAAAAGUUAUUUGUCACAGGAUUCACAAAUACGCAACGAAAAGGAGGCCCAAUCAGAUGCCAUGAUCAUUUAUGAGAAAUUUUUCUCUUUACAAAAUGAGGUGAAACUAUGGUCUUCCAAUAAAUUAAGAUCUCAUGUCGAGGCCUGUAUUUGCACCGAGGGUUUAGUGUUUUACUGUUUCGAUUUGCCUUUAAAAGUGGCAGCAAAAUAUUUGGAAUGUAAAUAUUUGAAAUUAUUUUUAAAAUCUUCAUUAUUCGCCAACUAUUUAAAUGAACUUAAAACACGUAUUGAAGAGGACAAAGAUGUUAAAGAAAAUGUUAAUCAGUUGCAUACACUGCAUAAACCUUUGCGUCGUUGUGUUAGUGAUAAAACCUCUAAUCGUCAUCGUAAAACUUUAUCGGAUUGUACGUUAGACAAGAAAUUACCCAUAUCACAGCAUAAUACCUUAUUAGCCUCAAUGGAUUCCAAUAGUCAUUCGUCACAUCUCAAACAAUUCCAUUUAAAUAUUGAUUCCUCACAAUUAACCAAUCCCGAUUUACUAUGGCAUCGUUCUAAUAGUAAUAAUUUAAAAUUUGGUCGUGUCAACUCUUUAGGACGUUAUGAACGAGAUUUUAUCUCACCCUCAGAUGCUUUACAACACACUUCAUUGAAAUCAAAUCACAAUUGGUCUUUAACCUUACAGGGUAAUAAAAUCAAAAAUGCUAUGCGUAAAUUGGUUCAUUUACCCGAUGAUAAUGUACAAGAGGAAAUUGCCUGGCAGGUGGCUGAAAUGAUAGUUAAAGAUGUCACUAAUGUAACUAUGCGGCAAGGAGAAACAGAACACAAACAAAAGUCUUAGUAAGUUUUUCUUUUUCUUUUAUGUUUUUUUAUUUUUGAACAUCUUUCAAAGGGUUGUACCUAUAUUAAUUUUAUACUAUAAUACAUAUAUAUUGAUGUAUAAAAGCAAUAAUGAAAACGCACACAAACACACACUCAUCUACAGUGAUAAUGAAUUUACAAAGCAACAUAAAAAAGUCAUAGUUUAUCCUUUAGUUUUAAACUAAAAUUUAAUUUUAUUUUUUAAAAAAUACGUUUCAUUAAGUUUGAAAUGUAUAUUUUAAGAAUCUCAAAUAUUAUUACUUUUUAAUCCAUUUUUUUUUAUUUUCAAAUUUAAGCCUAAAGGCCAGAAUUUUUUGUUUUAUUUUACAAAUACUUUAACAGUUUGUUAACUGUGUUUUAAUCUCUCUAUUUAUAUAUUUUUUAUAAUAAUAAGCUUAUUACUUUGAGAUAAUCUUAUAUCUUAAUAUUAUCUACAACAUAUUUGUCUCAAAAGUUUCUCAAA